ACACUUAGACACCGAAUAACUAUUUUAAGAGACAAUCAACUUUCCCAAUGUCUUUCUGCCACAGGCAGGCUAACAAUUAGGGUUAACUCAAUGGUUAUACCAUUCCGUGACUUAUGUCUCAACAUUCCUCAGAGUGUGAAUUCAAGCAAACAACAAAUUUGUAACGUCUGAACAACUCAGACAACUCCAUCUACCAGGUAAAUUUGUCAUUUCUGAAGCUAAGCAGACUCAUCGUCUCCUCAGACUCUGACACACUGCAGCAGCUCUGUCUGAGGAUGAAGGAAAAGGCUCUGCUGGCACACAAAGGACUUGUGAUAUCAGUGUGAUUUUGUUUCAUUUGCAACUGGAGACUAAAUGACACCAAGCAGAAUCUCCUGUUAGGUUAGAUUACAAGGACAUUUUCCGAGACACAUGAAAACAUGCAGGCUUCAUCAUUUGUCUACUGUUUGCUGCUUGUCUCUCUGUGUAUUGAUUUUUCUCAAAAUGAACCUAGUGCAGUUCUUAGGAGGCAAAGGAGAAGAAUGCGCAAUGGAGGAGCGGGGAAGGGCUCCACCACCCAGCGCAGGUCCCUGAGACAGCCAAGGAUGAAGCUUCCAGCUCCGGUUGCUGUAGCACCCAGCAUACCUCUCAUUAAUAUCGAUGAUGGUGUUAUGGGAGUAUUUGACUCUCUCAUAGGUUUGGGUGGACAUGAAUCUAGUUAUAGUGUCUUACCAGGAAAAAAGGGGCAGUGCACAGCUAAUGGGAUGAUUAUGUUUGAUAAAGCUGUCUGGUCUCCCAAGCCCUGUGUGACUUGUCUCUGCUCAAAAGGAGAAGUAAUCUGUGAUACAGCCAUGUGCCACCCUCUGAAAUGUCCGAAAACUAUUAUACCUGCAGGAGAAUGCUGCCCAGUUUGUUCUGAUACUGAUUCUUCAUUGGAUUCAAAUAUUAUUUCACUGGAUGAAAUAACUGAGUUGUCUGGUGAUUCUCCAGCACCCAAUGACCUUGACAACCCCAAUGUUCUGCCAUCAGCACAUACUCAAACUGAAAAAGAUGAACUGCUCAGAACAGAAGUGGUAGAGUUUAAAGAGAAAGAUGUUCAUAGGAAGGAUGAAAAAAAAAGAAGAAGGAAAGGCAAAAAAAAUCGACAGAAGUAUAAAGUGUAUCAGAAAGAAAAGAAGCCUAUCACAAGAAAGGAUGAAGAAAGAAGGCUAUCAUUUGAAGAGGAAGACCUACAACUUCAAAAAGAAGAAAUAAAGAAAAGGGAAGAAGUAAGAACAAGAGAGAGAGAUACAGAGGAAGAACAGUAUGAAAGUGAUGAAGAUGAUGGUACUUUCGGAAUGCCAUCUCGUUUCCCCAUUCCUAUUCCACCUAUAGAAGCUCCUCCUUUGCCAUCUGGAUGUUCCACCUCAGAAUCCACAGUAAGCUGUAUUAAUGCCAAACUUACACAAAUACCACCCAUCACAGAUCCAGAUCUCACAAGUCUAGACCUUACAGGAAACAUUAUUACUACUAUCUCAGAUGAAGCAUUCAAUGGGAUACCUAAUUUGGAAUGGAUUGAUUUGAGUAAAAAUAAUAUUACCUCUUCUGGCGUAGGUCCACAUGCAUUCAAAAUCCUGAAAAAGCUCAAACGCUUGUAUUUGGAUGGAAAUAUGCUGGUACAUAUUCCCUCUAGAUUGCCAUCAACUUUGGAAGAAAUAAAAAUAAAUGACAACCAGCUCCAUGCCAUUGACGAAGAUGCCUUACAAGAUUUAAAGAACCUGGUUACCUUGGAAUUAGAGGGAAAUAAACUUAGUGAAGCAAAUGUCAGUCCUUUGGCCUUCUAUCCUUUGAAAAGUCUCUCUUAUUUGCGACUGGGAAGAAAUAAAUUUAGAAUUAUCCCACAAGGUCUUCCCACUACUCUUGAGGAGUUAUACCUUGAAAAUAAUCAAAUUGAAGAAGUGUCAGAAAUUUGCUUUAACUAUACAAGAAACAUAAAUGUCAUUGUGCUAAAGCAUAAUAAAUUAGAAGAACACAGAAUAGCACCUUUGGCUUGGAUAAACCAAGAGAACUUGGAAUCAAUUGAUCUCUCCUAUAAUAAGUUGUAUCAUGUUCCUUCCUAUCUGCCAAAAUCCUUACUACACCUGGUACUUAUAGGAAAUCAGAUUGAAAGGAUUCCAGGAUAUGUCUUUGGUCAUAUGAAGCCAGGGCUGGAGUAUCUCUACCUGUCCUUCAACAAACUCACUGAUGAUGGAGUAGAUCCGGUAUCAUUUUUUGGAGCAUAUCACUCUCUGAGAGAGUUGUUUUUGGAUCACAAUGAAUUGAAGUCUGUACCUUUUGGAAUUGAAGAAAUGAGAAAAUUACGUUUUCUAAGACUGAACAAUAAUAAAAUAAGGACGGUCCCUCCAGAACGCAUCUGCAGGACUCAUCCCGACGAUGAUGUCAAUGACAACAGUGAAGAGGACGAGAAUGAAGAUUCACGUCUAGAACACGUUCACCUUGAAAACAACUACAUCAACACGAGACAGCUAUCACCACAUGCAUUUUCAUGCAUAAGAUCCUAUUGCAGUGUUGUUCUUAAACCACAGAAGAGUAAAUAAAUACCUAACUUUUGCAUUGCAAAA